AUGAGGUCUCUCUGUCUUCUGCAGUUAAUCUUUCUGUCCUUUUGUGCUGCAUCAAGAGCCAGAGACUGGGCCCAUCAUGGUGCCCCCAUGUUUGCAGACCUCACAGUCCGUGAGAUGAAAGCCGUCCGGUCUUACCUCCAUGAUAUUCCAGAAAUGGGUCUUGUUAGUGCACAUAGCAAAGAUCUGAAGAAGAACAGCAUCCUACUGAUGGAACUCCAUGUGCCAAGGAAGCAUGAAGCUCUGAGAGCUCUGGAUCGUGGACAGGCCAGGCCUCCACGUCAAGCCCGGGUGAUAGUACAGUUCGGGAACCAAACCAAGCCAAACAUCACUGAAUUCAUUGUUAGUCCUCUGCCAUCUCCAAACUCCCAUGAAGUCAGGACAUUCAAAGGGGAUAAACCAAUUUCUUUUGAGUCAAGGCCCAUUACUUCUGCAGAGUAUCAUCAUAUAACUGACAUCCUUGAAAAGAUCAGCACUAAAGCUCAUAAGCUUCUAUUUGAGCUCACGGGAGGGUUCACUUUCACUAACUGCUCUGACAGGUGCCUUACAUUUUCAGACAUAGCCCCUCGUGGAUUGUCUCCAGGUGAGAGAAGAACCUGGAUCAUGUUGCAGAAGUUUGUGGAGGGUUACUUCAUCCACCCAGUGGGGUUUGAAGUACUGAUAAACCACCAGGACCUGGAUCCUGAAAAGUGGCAUGUUGAAAAGGUCUGGUACAACAGCAUGUAUUUUGAUAGUGUAGAUGAGCUGGUAGCAAAAUACGAAUCAGGGGACGUGGCAAAGGUCAAACUCCCAGAUCAUGAUGAGGAUGACCUCUUUUCUACCUACAUCCCACGGGGUCACAGCAACACUGCCACUAAUAUCCAUGGACCCAAACUUGUGGAACCCCAGGGACCUCGCUAUCACAUUGACAAGAAUUUUGUUGAAUAUGCUGGGUGGUCCUUUGCCUACCGUGUCCGCUCAUCAGCAGGGCUUCAAGUGUAUGAUCUUCGUUUUAAUGGAGAGCGUAUAGCCUAUGAGAUCAGCCUCCAAGAAGCUAUUGCCAUCUAUUCUGGUGAUACUCCUGCUGCCAUGCAAACAAAGUACAUUGAUGCAGGCUGGGCCAUGGGCUCCUCAACAUAUGAGCUUGCACCUGGAAUUGACUGUCCAGAGAUUGCCACCUUCGUUGACCUUUACCACUACUUUGACACAGAUAAGCCUGUGCGCCACAAAAAUGCACUCUGUAUUUUUGAGAUGACCACUGCUAUGCCCCUCAGAAGGCAUUUCAACUCCAAUUUCAUGGGAGGAUAUAACUUCUAUGGCGGCCUGGAGAACACAGUGCUAGUGAUGCGAACAACCUCAACAGUUUAUAAUUAUGAUUACAUCUGGGAUUUCCACUUCUUCCAGAAUGGAGUUGUAGAGGUAAAAGUCAGUGCCACUGGAUACAUCCACGCCACUUUCUUUACACCUAAUGGUCUUCACUAUGGUACCAAGGUCUACAACUAUGUGCUGGGGAACCUGCACACACACCUUGUCCAUUAUAAAGUGGACCUGGAUAUUGCAGGUCGAGAGAACAGCUUCGAGUCGAUCAAUCUAAAGUUCGUCAACUUCACAAAUCCUUGGAGCCCUAAUGAUUUCAUUGUCCAGUCCAAACUCCACAGGAUAGAGCAUAAAACAGAGCGAACUGCUGCUUUCCGUUUUGGCAAAAAAUUCCCCCGUUAUGUCCACUUCUACAAUGCUAAUGAGAAAAAUAAAUGGGGGCAUCAAAGGGGUUACCGUAUUCAGUUAAACUCCCAUGCCAACAGCGUGCUGCCAAGAGGCUGGAAAGAAGAAAAUGGAAUCAGUUGGACAAGGUACUCCCUAGCUGUGACUCGUCAUAAAGACAGUGAGGCCAGCAGCAGCAGCAUUUACAACCAGAAUGACCCAUGGGAACCAGUUGUGUCAUUUGAAGAUUACAUCCGCAACAAUGAAGACAUAGUCAACCAGGACCUGGUUGCCUGGGUGACAGUGGGCUUUCUGCAUGUUCCUCACUCAGAAGACAUCCCCAACACAGCAACGCCCGGCAAUGCAGUGGGCUUCUUCCUCAGACCCUUCAACUUCUUUGAUGAAGACCCUUCGUUAGCAUCCAGAAGCACUGUCAUUGUACGUCCGGACAAGGAUGGCAAACCCAAGGUCCAGAGGUGGACACCUGAGGUCGUAGGUCACUGUGUGACAGAUAAGCCAUUCUUUUACAAUGGGACAUAUGCAGGAGUAUAG